UAUUUUCAAUCACGCUCCUUGGUACAACUCUUUAUAUAUAUAUAUGAUGGCUAACAAUAUUUCGAAUUCUGACGAAACAAGAAUAAAUAUAGAUUUAAUCAAUGGGGUAGCAACUUCAAUAUUAGAAAAUCCAACCUCUUGGUCUUCUUCUAGUAUUGACGAUCUUGGAACAGGCUCCAUUUGUAGCAUUUAUAGGGUUCCUGAGUUUAUGCGAAAGAGAAAUGAAGAAGCUUAUCGCCCUUUCGUCCUCUCCAUCGGUCCAUUCUACUAUGGAGAUCCCCAAUUCAAACCCAUGCAAGAGGUUAAACAAAUCUUCUUAAAACUCUUCUUACAACACGAACGAAAUGUUCAUCCCGAUUUGGAUCAUUACUUAAAUUUUGCUAAACUUUGGGAAAACGAAAUUCGAGCUUAUUAUCAAGAAGAUAUAGAUCUUCCGAGUGAUGAGUUCAUACAAAUGAUAGUUUCUGAUGCUGUUUUCAUAAUUUACUUGUUCAUGGUCUCCAGUUCUCAGAUUCCUCUCAAACACCCUUGGAUUGGUAACAAAUUGAGAGUAUUGUUGCUUUACAGGUCAAAUGAUUUGAUUCUUCUAGAAAACCAACUUCCUUUCUUCAUUUUAGAGAAAUUGUACAACGAAGCAUUUGGUAUCGCUUUUCCGAAUGUAUCUUUCCGAAAUAUUACACUCGAUUACUUCGGUAGUGCUUCUAUCUCAGGAUUCAAGGUCGCAAAAUCUGAUAUUGCUAGAAAGAGAAUCAUGGAGGCAAAGGUUAUUGAGCAUCUCGUCGAUUUUUGGCGAAUUUGUUUCUUGCCUCAACAACUUCGGAACAAAGAAUCUUUAAACCCUAAUACCGAUCCGACGCCCAAUUAUCCUUACCCUAAGUUUCUGCAUACCAUUUUUGCUUUCCGAAACCAUAGAAACCAGCAGAGUGGUGGCCGAAAAUUCUGUAGGACAGCAAAGGAAUUGAUUGCAGCAGGCGUUAAGUUCAUUCCGAGUUCCGAUAAUGCUCUUAAUGUAAAGUUUAACAAUGGAGUUUUAGAGAUUCCGAAAAUUACCGUAACUGAUUAUGCAGAACGAUUUUACUUUAAUUUGCAAUUGUUCGAACAAUACCACAAUUUCAAGGAUUCAUACUUCAUCGAUUUCAUCUACUUCCUGGAAAAUUUAAUUGACACUGCAGAAGAUGUUAAAGUACUGAUUGAGAAUAACAUGCUUGUAAACAUGCUUGGGAGCGAGCAACAGAUUGCAAAUCUCAUCAACAAAGCUGGAAAAAACAUAUACAUUACACCUAAAAAUUAUUAUUAUUCGGAUGUUACGAAGAAAAUUAAUGCUUACGCUGAAUCUCGAAAGAACCGAUGGAGGUCUAUAUUGAAGAGAGAAUACUUCAAACAUCCAUGGGCGAUUAUUUCCGUCAUUUAUGCUAUUCUACUUUUGCUUCUUACUCUUGCACAGACUAUUGCUAGUUUCAUCAACAAGAAAUAGCACAUUUUCUUGGUUAAAUGGUGGUAUUUUAGAGGGAUAAAAGUAUUGUCAUAUGGUCUUACUAUUGUCAAAAAUGAUGGGACUAUGUAGCAUUAGGUAUAUGAAACGCCAGAACGGAAGAGUAUAUAUAUGUACAUAAAAUUGGUAAACUAUCUACUAACAAUGAAAAUUUGAAUUUGUUUUGGUUGGACUUGGAAAGGAAAAAUCAUUUUCCAAGAUGAAUAAUACCUUUUAUUCUCACCUGAUUUUGUCAAUUUUCUCAACGUACAUAUUGAAAGACUCUUCAUUUCUAAUUGCAGCAUUAAAUAUUUUUAUCGAAUUGGAUUUCAAUAUUUAUUGAUUGAUGUCUAGUAUAUAAAGAAAUGUAGGUAUGUACAUAUUUACAUUACCUUAUUUUGUAAAUUUCCAUGCAAAUGUAAAUAUGUGAAUAUUUUACCUUGUUUAUAGACUAUAUAAUAAUAGUUUUACCUUGUAAA